AUGCGUCCUAAGGGGAAGAAUGAUCAAGAGCUCCCUCUCAUUCUCUCUGUUGAAGUUAAGAUCAUUUUCUACUCGCUUCCCGUCUCUGACCUCGCCGAUGACUCAUAUGCUCUAGCCAAGACUGUUAGAACCGGUUGCAUGAUCUGCUUGGAGACUGAUGAUGUGGAAGUUGUCAUAGGCAAGGUCGUCGUCGUCGUUGGAGCAACCAAUGAGUGUGCCACUGCCGACGGCGAGAACGCGUGCUGCGGCGAGCACGCGACUAAGCUGAAGGACUCUUACGGCUUUGUCAUGGCUGUUGUUGCUCCCCCUAUGGAUCAAGUUGUAGAGUUGCUUCAAAAUUUGUCAUUGGAUUCUCAAACCAAAACUUUGGAAAUCCUUGAGCCAACUAAAAAGCCUUUUGGUAAUCUGUUGAUGGGGUGA